UCUCUCUUCCUCUCGUACGCUAGUGUGCAAACCAACCAACGCAAGACAAGAGAAGCAGCAAUGGCGGUGCAGCAGUGUACGGUGGCGCUCUUGGUGGCCGUCGCCCUCGUCUCGUACGCUGCCGAAGCUGGCUACGCCCCAGCCGGGCCACAGCCCAAGGCCACGACCGAGGAGCAGAAGCUAGCUGAGAAGGCCAACAACGCCUUCAAGGCGGCCGUGGCGGCCGCAGCCGCAGCCCCUCCAGAGGACAAGGGCAAGAUAUUCGUCAAGACCUUCGUGCAGAUCUUCGGCAGCUGGUCUCUUGAGGGGGUCACCGACACGUCCAGCACCAAAGCCAUUUUCAACUCCAGGGUCGGCUUCACUCUGGCAGGGGCCGCACUGAAAGCCCAGGGUGCCACCCCGGAGGCCAAGUAUGAAUCCUUCGUGGCCAUGUUCGACAAGUCGCUCUGCAUCAUCGUCGGCAUCAUGAAGGUCCACGCCGGCGAGGAAGUCAAGGGGCCGAUCCCUGCCGGCGAGCUCAAGGCCAUGGACCAGAUGGACGCCGCCUUCUGCACUGCAGCCACCACCGCCGACGCUGCCCCGAUAAAGGACAGGCCCGCCGUCUUCGACUCUGCCUUCAGCAAGGCCAUCAAGGAGACCACGGGCGAUGCAUACGAGGCCUACAAGUUUGUCCCCGCCCUCGAGUCCGCCAUCAAGAAGACCUACGCUGGGUUUAUUCCCGGGAGUCCCCAGGACAAGCGCACGCUCUUUGAGGCCACCCUGAGCGACACCAUCGUCUCCAUGGCCGCCACUCCCACCGCCGCCACUCCCACCGCCGCCGCUGCCGGUGGCUACAAAGUCUGAGCUCACCGCAUAUACUCCACGUACAUAUGCAUAUGCGUACGUGUGUAUGUGACUGUGGCAGCCAGCGAGUUUGAUCGACAAUCAAAAUCAGUUCUUGGUUUUUGUUUCAUGCACCGGCGAUCGAUGACCUGAUAAGCAUCGGCCAUCAGCCAGCAUAUUCCAUUCAUUUUCGUAUAUUAAAUUCUUUGCCAUUCAGCUUUCACCAGGUACCGGAACACUAAAUUGUAACCAACCAUGCAUGUGGAAGAUGUCAUAAUACACAUACUUUCUACUUA